CUGCUGGGCUUUGAAGUAGAUGCAAUUAAUUCAGUCCAACUUUCCAAUCAUACUGGUUACAAGGUUUUCAAAGGCCAAGUACUAAAUGAUAAAGAUUUAGAUGACUUGAUAGAUGGUUUAGUCCAAAAUGAUUUGGACAAUUAUACACAUUUGCUCACUGGAUACGUUGGCUCUGCUUCAUUUCUCAAAAAGGUGGCGGAGGUGGUUCAUAUUUUGAAACGUAAAAAUCCUGAUCUUAUAUAUGUAUGUGAUCCAGUUAUGGGAGAUAAUGGAAAAUUAUAUGUUCCUGAAGCAUUAAAAGAAAUUUAUAAGAAAGACAUUGUCCCACUAGCAGAUAUUGUCUUGCCAAAUCAAUUUGAAUUAGAGUAAGUUACACCUUCUAUGUGAUAA